AUGCGCCGUCUCACUCGCCAGCCGAGAAAUGCCAACCAUCGCCAACAGGUUGGCAAUCUUUGGCAGCUUCUAUCAACGCUUCACGACUGGUACCAAGCACCCGCCAAGUUGCAAUAUCGGUAUUGGCACCUUCGCCACGGCCAGAUAAGCCCCCAGUGCCAUCCUUUUGGACGCCUUCCACUGGCCUUUGCACCUGCCAAAGACACGGGCCCAAGAGACCAUUUCGGAUCGCUCCAAGAGCACAGACAGCACCAAAAUCUAGGUUGGGCCGACCAUCACACCACACAACCUCCCAAAAUCACUAUUACCUGUGGUUUGUGGGCCUCGUUUGCAGGCUCGGGCCAGCAGCUCCAGUCAUAG